AUGUCUGCUAUCCAGAACCUCCACUCUUUCGACCCCUUUGCUGAUGCAAGUAAGGGUGAUGACCUACUUCCUGCUGGCACUGAGGAUUAUAUCCAUAUAAGAAUUCAACAGAGAAACGGCAGGAAGACCCUUACUACUGUCCAAGGGAUCGCUGAUGAUUACGAUAAAAAGAAACUAGUGAAGGCGUUUAAGAAGAAAUUUGCCUGCAAUGGUACUGUAAUUGAGCAUCCAGAAUAUGGAGAAGUAAUUCAGCUACAGGGUGACCAGCGCAAGAACAUAUGCCAGUUCCUGAUAGAGAUUGGACUGGCUAAGGACGACCAGCUGAAGGUCCAUGGGUUUAAAGUGCUUGUGACUCUCUGAAGCUUAAGUGAGGAUUUCCUUGUAAUGAGUAGAAUUUCCCUUCUGUCCCUUGUCACGAGUUUAAAAACCUCACAGCUUGUAUAAUGUAAUCAUUUGGGGUCUGCUUUUAACUUGGACUAGUGUAACUCCUUCAUGCAAUAAACUGAAAAGAACCAUAAAAAAAAA